AUGUCCAAGUCCCUCCUCGAGCCAAAGGCUAACUACGGCGACUGGCGCGACCACUUCUUCGAACAUGGCUACGCCAUCCUUAAGAACGCUAUUGCUCCUGAGCGAGCUGAGUACUACAAGCAGAAGCAGAUCGACUGGCUCAAGUCCUUCAACCGCGGGUUCGACCCCGACAAUGAGGACACUUGGACAUCGGAGCACCUCCCAGUCUCCUUCAAGGGAGGUAUGGAGCCUGGCGUCAUCAACCCGUUCAUUCACGUUUGGGAAACUGAGGAGCUCCUCGUGAGCUUCGACAUGUUCAACGUUACUCUCCCACGGCAGAAGGACCUCAAGUGGUCACCGUGGCCUCAUUGCGAUCAAGAUCCUAAGCGAAAGGGUCUUCAAUGUGUCCAGGGACUGCUGAACUUCGCUCCGAACGGCGAUAAGGACGGUGGUCUAAUUCUUAUGAGCGGAUCAGCUAAGCUAUACGACCAGUUCUUCCAGGAGACUCGUGUGAUGGCUGCUCAUGAAGAUGCUCCUCCUCCCGAAGAGAACUACAGGGAUCUGUUCAUCUUCAAAGAGGAAGACGUCAAGUGGUUUGAGGACCGCGGCUGCAAGCUGAUUAAGCCGAACCUCGAGCCCGGUGACCUGGUGUUGUGGGACUCUCGCUCCAUGCACUACGCCAAGCACCCCGAGGGCACACAGAUUCGCCAUGCCCAAUACGUCUGCUUCACCCCUGCCAAGUUCGCCGACCCUCAGAGUAUCAAGGAGAAGGCGGAUAUCUUCAGAGCGUGGGGAGGAACUACUCACUGGCCUCACACGAACAUUCAUCCCCAAGGCAAGGCCAAGAGGGAUGGUGUGAUUGAUCCGCAGGAGCGUGAAGAGCCAUUAGAGAAACCGGUGAUCACGGAUAGGUUGCUGCAAUUGGCGGCAGUCAAGGCGUAUUAG